CAGUUCGUGGUUUUAAUUUAGCAUCGGGUGUAUUACGUCCGGUAGUGAGGCGUCAUGAUAAAAUGAGGCUAGUGUUUGUCAAGACACUGUGGGAGGUGAGCAUUAAUCACGGUACUUCCACACACACACGCUAAGUUGCAGGUGUUAGCAGUGGACGGGUAGAGAGGGUUAUGUUCACUGCUGCAGGGACCAGUCAUGAUCAACUCUCCACUAACCGCUCUGGUGAUCUUUGUUGUGUCGACCACAGCUGUAUGCUCGGCAGACAAUAGUUGUCCUCUAUUCUCAGAUUUUACUUCUGGUAAUAACACUUACCAGCACAACUGCUCUGAGUUGUGUCUGGAUGAAUCACAAGAAAGCAACACUAAGCUCCAGGUGUAUGGAACUGAAUAUUAUUCUAAGACAUCUGAUGUUUGCCAGGCUGCCGUCCAUGCAGGCGCUGUUGGUCCACAGGGUGGGGAGGUCACCUUUACCCAAGACAAUACCAACCAUGACAGACGGGGCACUAUCAGAAAUCGCAUUAUUUCCAAGUCAUGGUUAAAUGAGGGAAUCAGCAAUCCUACAACUUUCAAGUUCUUAAAUUUUACUCCAGUCAUAGAUAAAGAAGACCUGGAUGGGGAUGUGGUGAUCAUUCAUGAUUCAUACAGUAAAUCUUGGACUGGGCGCAAGAUGAAUCUUGUCUGCCUUACUGACAAUACCACUAGAAUACUUGUUAAAACUGAUAUAACAAGUUGGAAAUAUAGAAAGUCUGAUGUUAAAGUUACUAUCUUAAGAUCUGCGCAACAGGGUGCUUCCCUGUCUGCAAGAAAAUCACAAAAUAUUCGAGCUGUCAGAUGCCUUGGAAGAACUGCAGCUACAGAUGUCCUGACUGUCAUACAAGCUAAAUACCAAACUUAUGUGGCAGAUACAAGCACCAUCCGUGCCAGCCGUGGAGACUACUUACAAGUCCCCAUCAAGAAAGUGGACAAAAACUCUCUCGACAAGGUGUUUCUCCGCAGACUUCCAGAUGAUUGGUCCCAUAAUAAUGACAGUUAUGGCAAUUACUCGUUACCACUGAUCUUUAAUAGAGUGUUGCCUGGCGAUGCUGGCAUAUACAUUGUAGGCAAUUGCCAAGAAUGUGCAUCUAACCCAAAACAGUUUAAAGAAAUGAAGGAUCUCUAUACUGAUAGUGCAUAUUUUCAUCUGAUUGUUCGUGAUUGUGAGUCUGAAUAUUAUGGGGCCAACUGUCAGUCUCGGUGUCCAGAUUGUGAGAAUGGUGGCAUAUGUCAUGCAGUGACUGGAUCCUGUGUGUGUCCUCCAGGCUUCCAUGGCCCUACUUGCCAGAAAGCUUGUGGCCAUGACUUGUUUGGGAGUCGAUGUCAAUUGCAUUGUAACAAGAUCACCCUUGGAUUUAGUCCUGAAAGCGAGGAACACUGUCUGGGCUUGAGGAUCUGUGUACCAGAACCUUAUGGCUGUUCCUGUGCUCCAGGAUAUAUGGGUCCCUUCUGUGAUAAGAAAUGUACAGAGGGAAGGUAUGGUGCUGAUUGCUCCCAGGGUUGCGAGUACUGCAGUGACAACCUCUGUGACAAAACCAGUGGUAAAUGCUCAAGUGGUUGCUUAAUGGAUAUUCCUUGUGCAGAUGGAAUGCCACUGGACCUUCCUCGCCUACGAACUCCUCCUAAUGUUUCUGAUAUUAAAAAAAAUUCACUUGUUGUGAAAUUUUCUCCUUGGAGCAAUGAAGAAGAUGAUGGGUCUGAUGAAUUCAACAUUUCUAGUUAUAAGCUUCAGCAUCUUAGAGAAGAUAACAACACCUGGGUGGAUGUGAAGGACUACUUCCCUGACAUUGUGUCAGGUCAAGUUACAGAGAAAAUAGAAGGCCUUGACCCUGGGUUCCAGUAUGUGUUCCGGGUGUUGGUGAUGACACCCCAGGGUGCUGUGGAUGGCUCAACCAACAAGAGAGUUCACAAUGUGUCUGUCACGACUAAAUGUUAUGAGCCAACACUGUAUCUGCUUAAUGUGUCAGAGGUCACCAAUCAGUCUGCUGUUAUAAACUGGGAAACUCCUGGGAAUCAUGCUCGAUGUGGAAUGCAGUACGACAUUCAGCUAAUGACUGGUAGCCGAGAAGAAUUUAUUCACCAACAUACAACAUCAAACUCGUCAUACCACCUAAGGACUUUAAAGUCCAAUACGAGUUAUGUUGUUAACAUCACUGCCAGGAAUAAUAAAUCUGAAGUGUCCUUGUCUGUACAGUUCAUCACUCUUCCUAAUGCACCAUACAGGCCAAUUGUCACAGUGAUGCCCAGUGGGGUGGGGAACCUUGGUGUAUCUUGGAAGUUGCCGCCAGAAUCCAGUAGUGUAGACUCUUAUAAUGUAAUGUACAAGUUGUUGCAGUACAAGGCAUGCAACAGAACAGUGGAUCCUCCACAGGAUGUUAUCCAAGAAAAGACAUCUAACAAUAUUAUUGAACUGCAGGAUUUAAAGAGUUAUGCCACAUAUGAAGUAUGUGUGGUGGCUGAGAACGAGGGUGGAGAAAGCCCAUCAGGGUGUUCAUCAAAUGAUACAUUGCCUAACUCUCCCAGUGUUGAUGUGGAAAAUUUUACUUGCACACCCAAGAAUCUCAGUGGAGUUUCCUGCAUAGCUAACUUAAGUAGUGGCUGUGAAGCAUAUAAUGGAGCAAAUACCACCAUUGAAGUUCAACUGCUUGCUUUUCUGGAAUGUGAGAAUGAAAAUAUCAUGUUUAAUAAAUCAAUAGACAUAAUAGAUAAGAAGAUUUCGGUUGAAUUCUCUGAGAAGUUGGUGGCUGCCAUGAUAUACAAAGCAUCACUAUCCAUUAUUAACCAUGUUGGGAAAGGCAUGACAGAAAACACUACCUUUAAAACUGUAGAAGCAUCACCCCCAGCUGUAAGAAACUUGUCUGCAAAUGCUUCUUCGAGUAAAGUUCGUCUAUUGUGGAAUGAUCCCUGUCCAACAAAUGGAAAUAUCACCCAACUUUGCUACAGGAAUGUGAAUUCUACAAGUGUAGAUACUUGCACAAAUGCUGUGAAAUGCGAGAUUGUUACAAACUAUGAACGCUGUGUUGAUAUUGCUGAGUUAGACCCUCAAAAAUACUACACAUUCAUGGUGGCUGCUGUGAACAGUGCUGGGAAAGGCAUCUUUAGUGAGCUUCAAGUUUUAACUCUUGUGACAAUUCCAGGACAACCAGAAAAACUUAAUGCUACUCGACUUUCCACAAGCUUAGAACUUGUCCUCUCGCAGCCGGUGAACCCUGGAGGCACUAGGCUUAAUUGCACAUUGCUGUUGAAGAAGAGGACCCAGAUAAUAAAACAAUGUACAGCAACUGUGGAAUCUGAAACUCGUAACCCAUUUAUUUGUAAGCUUGAUGAAUUGAAGCAAGGCACACGGUUUACAGCAGAGAGUGUGUGCUGUAAUUCUGCUGGAUGUAGUGAACCCUUAAACAGUGUUGUAGCCACUCUACCACUUUCACCUAAGCUUGAAGGGAAACUGAAAGUUGAAGAUAUGGAUGCCACCAGUGUUACUCUAAGUUUGCCCAAAGUUGUGAUGGAAGGCGACGGUGUCAGAUCUCUAGCAGUUUUAGUACAGCAGCUCAACAAGGAAAAACUGGAAAUGGCAUUUGACAGCUUUACAACUAAAUAUUUAAAUUUAAAACUUCUUGGCAAACAUGUGCAGGAAGAGAGUGUUGGAAGAUACAUUUCAAGUGAGAUGCGGUACAAGCGCCAAGCAGGUGACCAUCAUUGCACCGAUCUCUAUAUAGCUGCUGUAAUAAACUUGACGAGAGAGGGACUAAAUCAUGAAAUUCAUUUUGUGGUCGGUGAUGGUGAGACUUACGAAACAUAUCAAAAUUGUCCUCUGAAGACCAGUGAAACUUACAUGUUGGCCAUUGUUGCUGAAGUGAAUCUUGAAGGAGAAAGUAAAUAUGCAGAGAUGAGGCUGAAUGAACCUGUAGUUGUGGGUGUUGGUGGUCAUGGACUUGUCAUCACUCUGUCCAUCCUUGGUGGACUCCUUCUCCUUUUCAUCCUAGCGGUCAUUUACUAUACUCAACGUUGGAAGUCAAAAAACAGCAAUGGAGUAGAGCACUCAAAAGGUAAUGGAACAGUUGAUAGCUCAAGGAUUCCAAUGGACCAUUUCAACCAAUCCAUUCCAAACACCCUCACCACCCCAGCCACACCCCUGAGUGGUCCAGCAGCAGCAGAUGAAAAUAUCUAUGAAAACAUCUACACCAAGGAGGAUAACUAUAGAAAAUUUAAUAGGCGUGUUCCACGUCAAGAUGUUGAAGCCUAUUUGAAUAAAUCCAUUGGUUCUCAAGACACAAUGGAGGAAUUUAGGAGUGUCCCAUCCAAUAUUGGCAAGCCUAUGUUGGAUGGUCAGUGUCCAGAAAACAAGAAAAAGAAUCGCUAUAGCAACAACCUCCCUUAUGAUGAGACUCGUGUCAAGUUGUCAGUUAUCCAUGAUGACCCAAAUACAAAUUACAUCAAUGCAAAUCAUGUCUAUGGUUUUGGUGGACUUCUUAAGUACAUUGCUUCACAAGGACCCAAGGAUAAAAAUUUGAACACCAUUGGUGACUUCUGGCGGAUGAUUUGUGAGCAGCACAUUACAGUCAUUAUUAUGGUCGCUAAUUUUGUGGAAGGGGGAAAGAAAAAAGUGGGUGAAUACAUAAGUUUUGGGAGCAACCUUGUUGUGGAGGAUUACACUGUGGAGGUUGUCAACACAGACCAUCACUCUCAUUAUAAUGUUUCUCUUGUUCAGGUAUGGAAACAUGGUAUUGCUCACACAGUCAUACAUUACCACUAUACCAAUUGGCCUGACCAUGGGGUGCCCAGUGAGGCCCACAGUCUGGGCACUAUGCUGCGUCAAAUCAUCCAUACUCAUAUGGAGGGUGGUAUGGUUGUCCACUGCUCUGCAGGCAUUGGACGAACAGGUACUGUGCUGCAAGUGUUGUUACUUCAUGAGAUGUUGAUGGUACAAGGUAGCAUGGACCCAUUAGAAGUCCUGCAGCGACUUCGUGAAUGCCGAGCCCGAUUAGUUGAGAAUGUAGCACAGUACAACCUAAGUCUUCAGAUAUUUGAUGAAGUUAUGUAUGGAAGCAACACUUCCAUCGUUUCAAUUAAUUUUCCACAGCAAUUGGAAGAUUGUUUGAAGAAGAAUCAUAACCUAUAUCAAAGGGCUAAGGCUCUUCCUUCUGGCCUCACAUUUGGAGCCACAUCACAAGCUGAAUAUCAUUACCUGAACCGGAAUCCUACUAUUUUACCAUCAGUCUCUCAAAGAAUUUUCUUGAGCAUGGAAAAUGGGGAGACACUUUCCCAGUACAUUAAUGCUAUAAGAGUAAAUGGACUUGAUCAUCCCAAUGAAAUGGUGGUGACUGAACAUCCACUACCAACCACUCUGACCAAGUUCUGGAGACUUGUGGUUGAGAAGAAGUGCAUGAGUGUUGUCCUCAUCAACACAUUCAAUGACUGUGAAGAGGAUAUAUUUCCAUCAUUGUUACCAAGACAUGAUACUGAUCUGGUCCUCGGCAACUACACUAUCCGCACACUGCAUGUUGCUAACCACAGUUCCUUCAUCCAGUACUCUAUUGAAGUAUUCUCCAAACAGGAUAUUCAGGAGGCAGUCACAGUGUAUCAGAUCACCUCAUGGCCAUAUGGCAGUGAAGUGCCAUCCUCUCCUGAUGCACUAAUAGGUGUUUCUGAAAUACUGCUGCAGGCUCAUCACCACGAUACUGGACCAAUUUUAUUAUCUUGUGGAGAUGGUGUAACUGGCUGUGGACUUAUGGCAGCGGCCAAGUUAACCAUAGAGAAACUCCAAAAGUAUAAGACUGUAGACGUUUACCGUACUGUUGUGUAUCUUCUGCGUGCUAGACAAGAGUUUUUUGUGUCUCAGGCACAGUUUGACUUUCUCUACAUUGUUGCUGAUAAGUACCUGCAAGAUUUUGACACGUAUGUUAAUUUUCAAAUUUGAUUUCUUCUCAAAUGUUGAGUUUGCCACUAUCACAUUGAAGGAUAAGAAAACUUUUUUAAGAUUUAUUUAUUUGUGUACUGUGUUUAUGGCUUGCAUACAGCAAAAGGAUUUCAGUGGUCCCCCACAAAUGUUUGACGUUUAGUACAAAAUAGUCAUAAAAAAGCAAUUUUGUACAGUAGCAAAGUUAACUCCAUAAGGGAAAUAGGAGAUAAAGUUUGACUACCUCAAAAACACUUUACAGUACAGUAUGUGUUUUUAAACUGAAUUUUGUACCUUCAUUUUACUUACAGUAUUCUCUUUUGUCACUUGUUAGUGUCUUAGCCAGUUGGUCAGUUCUCUGUUACACACUAUUGGCAAGCACUGUGCAUGAAUGUGCUCUUGAACAUACCUGAACAUGUAUCAUUGUUGGUAACGUCUUGACUUAAAAGCUCACAUUCUGUAAUGUCAUAACAUUCUAUGACAAAUUAUUCCAAGAGUUUACAACUGUAACUUUAAAGAGUUAGCUCCAACAGUUUUCUGUAUUGAUAUCUUCUCUAACUUGAUGCUGUGACCUCAAGUGGGCCAAUCUUUUAAUUCCAAAUAUGUACGUUCCAGGUCGAUAAAAUAUUCAGAAUAGAAUAUAUAAUAAUAAUAAUAAUAAUAAUAAUAAUAAUAAUAAUAAUAAUAAUAAUAAUAAUAAACGGUUUAUAAAUAGAGUUGCAGCCGGUGGCUGAAAAUAUACACUUACAUUUGAUUUAGACAUAAUGAUAUAAUAUGCAUUAAAUACAUUUACAGCACAAAUGCAUACCGGUAUACAAAAUCCACCAUAUAAAUUCUUUGGUGAUAAUAGUGGAAGCUACUGGUAGUGGAUGGUGAGGGAAACUUUUUUGCAGUGAAAUAUUAUUGUGAACUCUUGGAAUACCCUGCCAUAGAGUGUUGCAGUAGCACAGAGAGUGAGCUCAUUUAGGGUCAGACUUGACCAAAUCUGGUACAGUGUGUAACAAAGAGAGGAAAGAUGGUGGUGGAGGAUAGUAAUGAUGGUGAAUGAUAAUGGUGGGGAAUGGUGACCAGUGAUCCUUCGAGGUUGCUCACCUCCACCAAGAGCCAAACACAUCGUCAGCAGCAGGGAUAUUUCUCUAUGAUAUUAAAUAAGCAUCUUAAGCAAUGCACCUUGUUUAUAUAGCAUUUCUACGUCUUGUUACCUUUAAAACAAAUACAUGUACAGUACAUUACAUAUAUAAAACAUUCUAUAUUUACGUGAUAACAUUGGUGCACAUAAUACUCAUCCUCCACUGUGAUGUAAAGUAUUAGAGGGAACCUUGUAUGUGAUGGUGGUAGUGGUGGAUACUGAUGGUGGUAGUGGUAGAUGAUGGUGGUGGUGGAUACCGAUGGUGGUGGUAGUAGAUGAUGGUAGUGGAUGAUGGUGUGUGAUGGUAACAGUUGAUGGUGAUGGAUGGAGAUGAUCAUGAUGAUGGUGGUGGUGAUAGAUGAAGAUAAGAAUGGUGGUGGUGUGUAUUAAUGGUGAUGGAUGUAGAUGAUAAUGUUUGUGUCAAUUUUUUUUUCCACAGCAGCUAGUUUAUUGUGCACCUCACAAUACUCGUAUGAGCAGUAGCACAGAAAAGAUUACUUAGUAGAGGCCACAAAAGACGUUUAUCAGACCCCAGUGGUCAGGAUAUUACGGCUUUGAGCGUUACAGAGUAUUUUCAGUAUACAUUGUUUGUUUAAGUCAGUUAAAUUGAAGUUUACUGAGCUGUUGGAUGUGAAGUGUGGAUACAGCUUUAGUAUAGUACUGUAUCAGCUGUCUUAUCAUCAGAGAUAGAGUUAUGUAUGCUUGGAUCUGUCCCUAAAAGGUUCUAUUUUUCUGCAUUCUUUGGAGUGUGUGGGCGAAGGUCUGACUGCACACUUCAAAUUUAGUUUUGUUCAGACCUGUCUGAGGGGCAUACUGCCAAAGGUACUUACUGUAUAUCCUAACCUUAGUCUAGCAGUUACAAUUGUUUGACAGUCCUAUUUUGUAUUCAACAGUAUCCUUGUUGGAUUAUUAUUACUGUAUUAUUUAAUUAAUUUAUUACACUCCAGGGAGCAACAAGCCUAGUCACAAGACCAUGUGGUUAGACACUAAUAUAUUGGUACAGGGUAUUUGUGUCUCACAGGACACACUAUGACUUGUGAUAUAGAGAUAAUAUUGAGAUAAUUUAAGGACAAUGAGAGUUAGAACUCAUCAACACAUGGGUAGUAUACAAGAAUUAAGUCUAAAUUAUUCUCAAGAAGUAGGUGGUGACAUAUAGUAAAACCUUGAUAACCCGGCAUAUAAGGGGCCCUGGCCUUGCUGUAUUAUCCCAAAUUCCGACUUAUCAAGGCACUCCACCCUCCUACAAAAAUACAACAAUAAAAAUUGUUGCCCCAUGUAUGUAUAUAUGUACAGGGGGUAAUUACUAAUUUAAAAAAAGUAACACUUACACAGGCAGUGGUGGCCAGUGGUUCCUCAGCUGUCAGUGGGUGUAUGUAACUUACCUUAUUUACCUAACAGCCAGCUAAAUUUUAAGAGGCCAAUAAGGUAAAUAUACUCAUGUGGUGCUGCCAGGCACCUUCAAUUAUAAAUAGAAAGUAAACGAAUUUUAUGCUAUGAUCUCUAUACAUUAUGUGUAUCAUUGUUCUUAAUACUGUACGAACAAUUUCAUUGCAAUUAUUUUUUUAAUUAGAAAUUGUAAAUUGUAAAGUAAGUAAACAGUUAGAGGCCUUGAGCAUUGGUCAUUUGUUUCGAACUCAUGCCUAUGGUGGUGUCACAACCAUACUUACGAAGUGGGAAAGUGACACCACAGUUUUCAGUUUUACAAUAAAGUUAUGCUACGUUUCAUGACAUUUUAAGUAAAAGAAGCACAAAGAUAUAAUUAUCUUCUGAAGUUAGUUGUCUUUUAACCCCUUCAGUCAGAGGAAAUACCAGGUACAAGACAUCCUUACACAAUACUGCUCUUUGUCAUUGAUGGAACGCUCUCAUAUCCCACUAGUCUUAUUGCCAAUAUUUUUUUUUAUUAUUAUUAUUGUAUGUGCCUGGUGGGGUGAGUAAUGAGGUGGUGUGGGAGUAUUUCUGAUGAAAACCUGUGGUGUGACUCGGCUUGCUCGCCUCGCAAGUAAGUGGACUCGGGUUCAAUCCCCAGCCAAGGUGAAACUGGGCAAGUUCCUUUACACCAUUUGCCUCUUGUCUUCUCAGCAGUAAGUGGGGAUUUGUGGAUUAUUUUACAGAGUAAUAUAAAUUUAAUAAAAAUACAUAUAUCUACCCAUAUUACGAGUUGAAAAAUAAAAAUAACACAGCUUCUCCUAGUAGGAGGAGAGGUAAAGCAAUGUAGCUACGGAGACAUCUAAAGGCAGUGGCACACUGGGCACUUUCCCUCCCAACAUGUUGGGCAAACAUGGUCUGGCCAGCAAAACAGAUGUUUUCAUGACACUGGGAUGUUUUGUUGGUGCGUCUGCCCAAUGCAACAAAAACAACAAAGCGUCUGGGCAAAGUUCGCCAUGGAUCCCGUUACUACAGUUGAGGCCUUGCAGGAUUAUGCUAUAGUUUUUCAAUUGCUGAAGCAAGUAAGGCAUCUGCAAAAGCCAAAGAAAAGACAAUGGGCAUGUCCUGAAGUUUGUUUACAAGUGGCGGUGACUGGCUGGUAAACAAAUACCCUGAAUAAUGAUAUAAUAAUAUACUAAAAAGUUUUAAUGUGACGAAUAAAUAGAAACAUGUCACCUUUUUAUGUGUUAUAUUUUAAAUUAUUAUUGUUUCAUGAUUUAUUUAAUUUUUACUUGAAUAUUCAUCUCCUAAUAUGAAUUUCAUUUGAGCACUUACCCAGCCAGCAAAGCUUGCCGCCAGACUCGUGUCCAUUUCCCGUAACAAAUAAAAUCCUGCUGCUUGCUGGGCCAUGAGGCCUAGCGGCCAGCAAAAGAGACAACAUGUUGGGAGGAAAGUGCCCAGUGUGCCACCGCCUUAACUUGGUGAUCUCUAUAAAUGUAUUGAUUUUAUGUCUAUUUAUAAAUUAUUUAAGUUAUUUAGACAUAAUUUAAUCAUUAUUCCAGAAGGAUAUAAAACUUGUUUGGGCUCUUCAGGGUCUUGGGAACGGAACCUAUUUUCCCCCAUAAGUUAUUAAUGUCAGUGUAUGAUUGCUCACUUAACGAUGGCUUUUUGAGGUUUGUAACCCCAUUGUAAAAUGGUCAUUGCUUAUACUUUAGAAAAAAAAUGGGAAAAAUUGCAACAAAAAAUCAUGUACAGUAUACAGGGUAUCAACAUUGUAUCCCAUUUUAGUCAUAAGUACUGUAAAUACAGUAAUGUAUAUUUUGUAAAUAUUUACUGAGAAUUAAGAAAUAAAAGAAGGGGCACUAUAUCAGUAAACAACUGUAAUAGGAUAAUAUAACCUAGAAAUUAAAUGUUAUAUGCCGAGUAUAGAUAAACUAUGGUACUUGUGAUGGGGGUUUAGGACUAGUAUAUCAGCACCUAGGAGCAAAGAGGUUAAAAGGCUUAAAUUACAUUAAUUUUUCUGCCUACGGGAACGCAGUUCCCCUAUACAGUACAACCCCCGCCAAUCUUGUGUAAAACCCUGUGUAUGCCAGCACAGUAAUAAUCUUAGAAAUUUUAUUAUCAUCAUUUUUAAGACAGUGCAUUGUUGUAUCUUAGAAAGUCACAUAUGACAGACUGAGUGUUAUUAGAUCCUUCUCUUGGUAAUACUGUAAUGUUGAACAGUUUAUAUUUAUGAAUACUUUACACUAAGAAGUUGUGAUUAUUAUUUUAUGUGUUCACUUAAAAUUACAAGGUAGCAGUAUUUCUGUAUUUGUAAGUGUACUUUAAAGCAGUUUGGUGUUUACAGAUACUGUACUAUACAGUAUUGUACUUGUAUUUAUAAGUGCACUGUGAAGUACUAUAGUGAUGUCUUUAAAAGUGGUAUUGUAUAUACUGUACUUCUACAAAUGUACUUAGAAGUACUGUAGUGGUAUUCAUUUGUAUUUGAAAGUGUACUUAAGAGUAAUAAUGCUUAUUUGUGUUUAUAAUGCACUUGGUAGCAGUUGUGUUUUUGUAUUUAUAGUGUAUACAGUAUAUGAAACAUUUAUGUUUACUGUACAGUAUUUGUUUUUACACAGUAAGUGGUCUUUAUUUGUAUUCAUCAGUGCAUUUGGAAGAAUUGAAGUUAUUUGUUAAAAAAUGCACUUAGAAACAGUGAUGUGUAUUUCUUUUUGUAAUACUAUUUAGAGGGAAUGGUGUUGUGGGUAUUUAAUAUGCAUGGCUGGUUAUACUCAUGUUUUUUAGUACACUUAGAAGUAUUGGUGCUCAUUUGUAUAGUGUUUACAAUAAGACUUAAAGGCAGAGAUUUUUUAAUUACUCUAUAAUACACCUUUGAGUACAGGCAGUCCCCGGGUUACGUCGGAGUUCCGUUCCUAAAGACGUUCUUAAGUUGAAAAUGUACUCAAGUCGAACCACAUACGGUAUCCUAUGUGCAAACCAUACUUACAGAACCAUGUUUAAAAUUCCACUACUGUAUAUCAAAGCCUCAGUUCUUAUACAGUACUGUAUAACUCUAAACUCUAAAGUCACUUAAUUUAAGAUAAAAGAAGAAAUAGAAUUACAAAAUACAUUUAAUGAAAGUAAAAAAAAGUAAGUCAUCUGGUAAAUAAAAUACUGUAAAUUUAAAGUUUAACUGUAUGGGACCUCAUACGUAUCGGCAGAUGUUCAUAAGUUGGACGUACGUAACCCAUGGACCUGCAUAUGUAUAUUGUAUAAGUGAGCUUAGAAAUAUUUAGUUGAUUGUUUAAAUGUACAUAGAAAUAGUCGUGACCUUUGUACUGUAUAGGGUAUUUGCAAAUUUAUUUAGACACUAAAAAAUUGUGGUAUGUUAGAUAAGUACAGUAGAAGAUUUACCCAGUUUUGCCCAGGUUAUUGGGACAACUAACUCCUUUUGGAGGGAUAGGAGACAGUGCACGACCAUUCUCCAGUCCAUCCGCACCUCCCAAGGUUGGAUCUAGGAAUAUCAAAAGGAAGGGGUCCAAGAAAUUGUGGGUGGGGGGACAUGGCGAGCACAGUGAGUCCACCCAGCUGGGGGAGGGGGGGUCUGUAAGCCCUCCCCAUAAAUAUUUUUUGUAUUCUGAACAAUAUCAUGGGCAUUUUGAGGCCAUUUUGAAACCAAAUGCACUUGAUACAGUAUUAGGAGAUAUUCUAAGGUCAAUAGUAAUUACUUUUUACAAUACAAAAAUGCCUGAGUACAAUACUGCAUUAAAGAAAAAGUAUUGGAAUUUUCUGAUGAAAAAGGGGGUCUGGACCCCAGGACCCUCUCCUUGGAUCCGAUCCUGCCUCCCUACCAAAUUUUGGCGCUCUAUCUUCAAAACUGUUGAUCCACUGGUGGUUGGCUCCUGAAGGGUUGACCCACCCCUUUUGAAAGGACAGGAGAUAGUGCACAAUCAUCUUCUAUGCCUGCACCGCCCUACCAAAAUUCCGCUUUCUAUCUUCAAAACUAUGGAAAUGCAUAAGGAACAUACAAACAAAAUGUAUUUUGCAUAAGUAAUAUCUUCAUUAACCCGAGUCCCUGUCAGCUGGAACUCUUCAGUACCCAGAAUUGAAAUUGGAACAUUUUUUUUAGAAAAUUCCAAGAAACUUCCUGGAUUUUUUAUUUUAUUUUUUUUUCUUGGUUUGGAGCAAGUUUCAAGGAUGAAAUAUUGUGUAAUUUCAAGAAAAUUCAGAGAAACUUUUCCCGGUAGUACCUGGAAAAAUCCCUAAGAUAUGGAAUUUUUGGGGGUUUGAGAGACUCGCCUCGUUCCCCAGAAAUUUCUCCUCUCCGGAAGAGCUCUGCACCAAUUAUUCCAGCUAAUAGGGACAACACAAUACAGUAUGGUACAGGGUAUAUAAAUUUCGAUUUUUUAUACCAUAUCUAUAAGUGUACUUAAACAAGUGCAUACUUUUACUGCAUGUGAAUUUUUGUGAUGCAAGUUGAUUUACAUUAUUAUUUAGUACUUUUGAAUGUAAAUUAAAAUAAAACUUAAAAAAAAAAAGCA